UAAAGUCUCAAACUUUUUGUGCACGGAAAAGGAGAGAAAAAGCAUCCCACACAAACAGAAAGAAACUAAAGUGACAAGAUGGCGGGAAAAGUGCCACGGCAACAAUUCAUACACCGUCCCCGCCAUUUUGAAGCCGUCGCAAAUUCCAGCAUCCAUCGCUUAGGGUUUUUGCUGAAACUGCCUCCCCACCAGCUGCCUCGCUGAAGCUACUUUGUUCCACACUCAGCCCUCCAUUUCCCUUUCUUUAUUCCUGGAUUUAGGACUCUGGAAUUUUUUUUUUUUUUUUUCAAAUUUUUUCUUGAUGGGCAACACGGUUACUGAUGAACUGGUAUCCACCGUCCGAUCAAUCAUCGGCUCCGACUACUCCGACAUGGACAUCAUCAGAGCCCUUCACAUGGCCAACAACGACGCAACUGCCGCAAUCAACAUAAUCUUUGACACCCCCAAUUUCAAUUUCAAAGUUAACAAUUUAGGGUUUCCGAAAAGUCCCCAACUUUCUCGUCGCAAUUCGAGCUCCGAUACUCCACCUGCUGUGGAAAAUUCGAAGCGAAAGGUCAAUUUCAAAGACAACGAUUUAGGGUUUCCGAAAAGUCCCCACCUUUCCCGUCGCAAUUCGAGCUCCGAUACUCCACCUGCUGUGGAAAAUUCGAAGCGAAAGGUUCUCGGGAGAAAGAGAUGCCUUUCAGAGGGCGACGGCAAUGGCGGGGAUAGACCAGUUGAAGAAGACGUGUGUCAGCGGGAGAGUUCGGUUGGAAGCGGGUGGUGGCUUGUCGGUUGCGGUGAACUGGCUGGGUUGUCGACGUGCAAAGGGAGGAGGAUCAAGGCCGGCGAUGAAGUGGUUUUCACAUUUCCAUCUAAGAAUGCUUCUUCUUCUUCACCAUCGCCAGGCAAAGCUUUCGGGAAGGGACGUCAUGCAGCGGCUUGUUCCGAGAUUGUGAGGUUCUCUACGAGAGAUUCCGGAGAGAUUGGUAGAAUACCUAAUGCAUGGGCUCGGUGUCUUUUGCCACUUGUGAGGGAUAAGAAGGUUAGGAUUGAGGGGCGUUGUAAAUAUGCUCCUGAUAUGUUAAGCAUUAUGGACAGCAUUGAUUUGUCGUUAAGUGUAUACAUCAAUAGUUCAAUGCUCAGCAAGCAAAAAUGCACCUCGCUUAAGCAAGCAAGUACUUCUGCUGACGAAUCAGUGGUUCAUCCACUCCCAACAUUGUUCCACCUGCUUGGUAUGACUCCUUUCAAGAAGGCAGAAUUCACUCCUGAUAACUUGUAUACAAGGAAGCGCCCUUUAGACCUAAAGGCCUCAACUUUGCAUGUCAACAAGUCUAAGCAUCCCUCUAACAAUGGAAAUGAAGUUGAAGAUGAGAAAUCCAUUUCAGAUGCUGACCUUGACAAUAUUGUUGGCAUUGGAGACAGCUCUGAGUUAGAGGAAAUGGAUCCCCCUCGUACACUUCAGUGUGAACUUCGCCCUUACCAAAAGCAGGCUCUUUACUGGAUGGUCCAACUUGAAAAAGGACGAUGCAUGGAUGGGGAGGCAACAACACUUCACCCUUGUUGGGAGGCAUAUCGUCUUGCUGACAAGAGGGGCUGCAUUGUCUAUUUGAAUGCAUUUUCUGGUGAUGCUACAACAGAAUUCCCGAGCACUCUUCAAAUGGCAAGAGGGGGAAUUCUUGCAGAUGCUAUGGGCCUUGGGAAGACUAUCAUGACUAUAUCACUCCUCCUUGCUCAUUCAGAAAGAGUUGGAUCAUCUGUUAGUCUACCUACAAGCCAGUCGUCCAGCGAAGGCAGUGAAGUCAACAAUGUUUUAGACAAUUCAGCAAACCUCCCAAGAAAAGUCACAAAAUUUUCAGAUUUUGAUAAGUUGAAGAAAAAGAACAUGCUUAUAGAUGGUGGAAACUUGAUAAUUUGUCCUAUGACUCUUCUUAACCAGUGGAAGGCAGAGAUUGAAAUGCACACACAACCUGGGUCUUUAUCUCUAUAUGUUCAUUACGGACAAAGUAGAUUAAAAGAUGCAAAAAUUUUGGCCCAAAGCAAUGUUGUAAUUACUACAUAUGGGGUGCUAGCUUCAGAAUUUUCUGCAGAGAAUGCUGAGGACAGUGGGGGGCUUUACUCGGUCCGAUGGUUUAGGGUUGUUCUUGAUGAGGCACAUACCAUUAAGUCCUCUAAAAGCCAGAUUUCUGUGGCUGCUGCUGCUUUAGUUGCUGAUCGUCGCUGGUGUCUUACUGGCACCCCUAUCCAGAAUAAUCUGGAGGACUUAUACAGUCUUCUUCGGUUUUUGAGGGUGGAACCUUGGGGUCACUGGGCAUGGUGGAAUAAACUUAUUCAGAAACCUUUUGAAGAGGGUGAUGAAAGAGGGUUAAAGUUGGUUCAAUCCCUCUUGAAACCAAUCAUGUUAAGGAGAACAAAAUUCACCACAGAUCGUGAAGGCAGGCCUAUUUUAGUCCUUCCACCGGCUGAUAUUCAGGUGAUGUACUGUGAACUCACAGAAGCUGAAAAAGACUUUUAUGAUGCUCUUUUUAAAAGAUCCAAGGUAAAAUUUGAUCAAUUUGUUGAGCAAGGUCGGGUUCUUCAUAAUUAUGCUUCCAUAUUGGAAUUACUCUUACGACUUCGCCAAUGUUGUGAUCAUCCAUUCCUUGUGAUGAGUCGAGGUGAUACACAAGAAUAUUCUGAUCUCAAUAAGCUUGCAAGACGGUUCCUUAAAGGCAGUCAGAGUUCUGCUGAAGUGGAAGCCAAAGAUCAACCUUCAAUGGCUUAUAUUCAAGAGGUUGUGGAAGAGCUGCGUAGGGGAGAAGAAGGAGAGUGUCCAAUAUGUCUUGAAGCAUUUGAAGAUGCAGUGUUGACGCCUUGUGCUCACCGCUUUUGCCGUGAAUGUUUAUUGGCAAGUUGGCAAAAUGCUUCUUCUGGUUUAUGUCCUGUUUGUAGGAAGGUCAUCGGUAGGCAAGAUCUUAUCACAGCUCCAACUGAGAGUCGAUUCCAGGUUGAUAUUGAUAAAAAUUGGGCGGAGUCAUCUAAAGUUGUUGCCUUGUUGCGUGAACUUGAAACUCUUCGCUUGUCCGGCUCCAAGAGCAUUGUCUUCAGCCAGUGGACUGCCUUUCUGGACCUGUUGCAGAUUCCUUUAUCUCGGAAUAACAUUCCAUUUGUUCGCCUAGAUGGGACUCUGAAUCUACAGCAACGUGAAAAAGUAAUCAAAGAUUUUUCAGAAGAUAGUAAAAUCCUGGUGUUGCUGAUGUCACUGAAGGCUGGAGGAGUUGGAAUAAAUCUAACAGCAGCUUCCAGUGCAUUUGUGAUGGAUCCAUGGUGGAAUCCAGCUGUAGAGGAACAAGCAGUUAUGCGCAUCCAUCGCAUUGGACAGACAAAAAAGGUGAUGAUCAAACGGUUCAUUGUGAAGGGAACGGUUGAGGAAAGAAUGGAAGCGGUACAAGCACGUAAGCAGCGGAUGAUUUCCGGUGCCUUAACGGAUCAAGAAAUUCGAAGUGCUCGAAUAGAGGAGUUGAAGAUGCUUUUCACUUAACCUUCGAAAAUUUUUGAUAGUUUUUGUUUCACAUUCUAGCUAGAAGAAUUGUAUAUAAUGUAAGGGCUUUUUAUAUGCUUAAGAUAGUGGCCGAAAUGGUUAGGGAGGGCUAUGUUAUUAUCAUUAUUAUUAUUAUUUUUUUUUUUUUUGGAGUUUGUGGGAUUCAUCGAGAAUUUUCUAUUAGAGGGCAUGUAUCUCGUAGGAAUACUCAAAUCUUUGUAAAAUUUGAAGAGAAGCAAUUAUUCUUUACGAGCAAUUCAAAAUGUGGCUUGUAUUGUAUGAAUAUUAUGUAAACAUUUACUUGCUGGAAAUUCAUAGACUUGUUAAGGUUACAUUUUUGAAUUUAUA